CUCUACUGGCCCCCCGAUCAGAAAUGCUACCGUAUUUUCCAAAAGGGAUAUCCUUGUCCAGAAAGCAUGGAGCUGACACCUAGUGCGGAGUCAGGAGCAGAAUGCAGAUGUCCCCCUGGCACCGCUCAGAGUCCUCGGGACGCCAUCUGUCAUCUGCUCUACUCCAGGGGACCCUGUGCGGAGAACGAGUACUUUGCACCCGUAUCUGACACUGUUCUAGGGGUGCCCUCAAAACAACGCUGGGGCGUCUGCCUGGAAGCGGAGAAGUGCUCCAACCCAGCACACGUGUUCUGGCCACGUGACAACAAGUGCUACCCGCCCUUCUCACGUGGACCCUGCCCUGACGGCCAGCUAAUGGCGGCCACUGGCCCACUGACGGCCAGUAAUGGCGGCCACACCAGUCAGCUGGGAGAGUGCCAGUGUGAACGCAGCUCCCGAAUGGCUCGAUACUUCUGGGAUGCCACUGGUACAUGUCACGAGCACUACACCCCAGGCCCUUGUCAAGAGCAUGGCACACUCUUCCUGCCUGGCGGCAAAUGUGGAUGUCACUCUGGUCUACAGCAAUACUAUCCUGAGACUAACAUGUGCUAUCAGUUGGGUACAGUAGGACCCUGUCCCUUGGGUCACCAGUUUGUGAUCUCAACAGCGCAUGCAGCAAAUAAUAGCAGUCUGGGCCAGCCUACCUAUGCCAAAUGCCGUUGCAAGGAAGGUCACGUCAGGUGGCCUGAGGAUGGCAUCUGCUAUAGACCCUACACAAGGGGACCCUGUCAACCCGGCCAAAUGUACAGUGUCAACAACACGAAUGACGGCAAUGUAACAGUGGGCUGUGUAGAGGUGCCGUGCUCCCCUGGCAAACUGUACUUCCCGGGGGGCAAAGGGUGUCACCGUGUGGGGAGCCAGGGGCCGUGCCCCCCCUCGCAGGUGGUGCUUUUCCAGGAGUCGGUCAAGACAUCCAUAGAGGGCAUAUCCUAUCGGGGAAUGUGUGGAUGUCCUACUAAUAACUAUGACCCUGAAUCAUUCUACCCAUCCUACCGCGCCAACACGAAAAACCCUGACUCAACGCGAUGUCCGGCACAGGGACGCAAUGCAGACAGCCCCCAGGACCCAACAGGAACAGGCUCUGUUGUGCAGGAAGUGUGCAGGAAACGAGGCACCAUCCUGUGGCAGCAGGACAACACCUGUAUACAGCUGUACACCCAGGGCCCCUGUGCAGAGGGAGAGUGGGUAGUGCCUGAUAGGAGCAAGGGGGGCCAGAGACAGGGCAGAGGGGGCAGGAAGGAGGGCAAAUGCGAAUGUAGGCCUGGCUUUAUGGCUAUUGCUAGUAAUACAAGUGACGGCAAAACGGUUUGCCAGCCGCCCACUGUGUAUUUGGCUAGUUUUCUAAACAGGCAUCAGAGCUAUAGUGAACCUGUGGUUACUACUGAAGUGACAAUCGUAGAUGAUGAAGAAUAAAUAGAUAAAUAAUGGAUGGGAAUAGAUAAAACAGUCGAUAUGAACAAUAAUAAUGGAUAAACAGACAAUAGGAAGCGAGAAAGCUUAAAAUUAAGAAGGGAAGAAGAAGAGAGACAAGAAGAAGAAAGAGAAGAAGAAAAAGAAAGA